CAUUAUAAUUUACCCCUGGCCGUCUGCUGAUUAUCCCCACCACCACCCAUAUCCCUCCUCCUUCGGUUACUUGCUCACUCCUCCGGCUCCGGCGACCGACAGCACCGCGGCCGCCGCCGCCCCCCGAUCGUGAGGGUUAAGGUGUUCGAGUUUCGGUGUUGGGGAUUUGGAAUGGCUCGUCGUCUCGUUAACCCCGCCGCGGCGUGCCAAGGUUGCGGUUUGGUUAAGGCUGGGUUUCUCGGCGUGUUCUCUCCCUUCCAUUCUCAGAGAUUGCCGCUCUCCUCACCAAAGAGGGGUUCCGUUCAGAAAAACUACUCUAGCUGUCUUGCUAAUCUAACCAAGGAGGGUUCACAUUGGACAGGAACAAGGUCCAGGUCUUCCUUGUCGUUACAUAGCUCAAAGUUUGUCAGCAAGCGGACAGCUUGUUUGGUUGCAACAGAACCACCUCCUGCUGCAACUGAAGAACCAGAGAUGGAUUUUCCUAAGGAGAUAUUCUUGAAAGACUACAAGAAACCUGAUUAUUUGUUUGACACGGUGGAUUUGGAAUUUCAACUUGGCAGUGAUGAGACCAUAGUGACAUCUAAAAUAGCUGUAUCUCCAGGCAAUGAAGCAGGCACCUCAUCUCCGCUAGUUCUUCAUGGACGUGAUUUAAAGCUGCUAUCAAUCAAAGUCAAUGGCACAGAGCUUAAGAGUGACAAGUAUACAGUUGAUCCACGCCAUCUGACAAUUUUGACACCACCUGCUGGUGUAUUCAACUUGGAAAUUGUUACUGAGAUCUAUCCUCAGCUCAAUACGUCUUUGGAGGGUCUGUACAGGACGACUGGUAAUUUUUGCACCCAAUGCGAAGCAGAAGGGUUCCGGAAAAUUACCUACUUUCAGGAUCGCCCAGACGUGAUGGCGAAGUAUACUUGCCGUAUUGAAGGUGAUAAAACUCUGUAUCCAGUAUUGCUGUCUAAUGGAAAUCUUAUCAAGCAGGGUGAUCUUGAGGGUGGAAAGCAUUAUGCAUUGUGGGAGGAUCCGUUCAAGAAACCAUGCUACCUGUUUGCUUUAGUUGCUGGUCAGUAUGAGUGCCGGGAGGGCUCAUUUGUUACGUGUUCUGGCCGUAAAGUAACACUUCGAAUUUGGACUCCUGCUGAAGAUUUACCAAAAACAUCACAUGCUAUGUACUCUCUUAAAGAAGCUAUGAAAUGGGAUGAGGAGGUUUUUGGUCUUGAAUAUGAUCUUGAUUUGUUCAACAUUGUCGUUACUCCUGAUUUCAAUAUGGGAGCAAUGGAGAACAAGAGUUUGAACGUAUUCCAAUCUAGACUUGUGCUAGCAUCACCAGAAACUGCCACUGAUGGUGAUUAUGCUGCAAUUUUGGGCGUCAUUGGGCAUGAGUAUUUCCACAACUGGACUGGGAAUAGAGUUACUUGCCGCGAUUGGUUCCAACUAACCUUGAAAGAAGGACUAACUGUCUUCAGGGAUCAGGAAUUCUCAUCUGAUCUUGGUUGUCGCACAGUAAAACGCAUAGCUGAUGUCUCUAAACUUAGAUCCUAUCAAUUUCCUCAGGAUGCCGGCCCUAUGGCACAUCCUAUUCGCCCUCAUUCGUACAUCAAGAUGGACAACUUCUAUACCGUCACGGUUUAUGAGAAGGGUGCUGAAGUUGUCAGAAUGUACAAGACACUGUUUGGAGCUUCAGGUUUUCGGAAGGGCAUGGAUCUGUACUUCCAAAGGCAUGAUGGGCAAGCUGUGACCUGUGAAGACUUCUACUCAGCCAUGUGUGAUGCAAAUAAUGCGCAACUGCCAAACUUUUUACAAUGGUACUCUCAAGCAGGUACACCUACUGUUAAGGUAACUUCGGCAUAUGAUGCAAGUUCCCAGACAUUUUCUUUGAAAUUUAGCCAAGAGGUGCCACCUACUCCUGGCCAACCGAUGAAGGAGCCAAUGUUCAUACCUGUUGCUGUUGGACUUGUUGAUUCUACUGGAAAAGAUAUGCCCCUGACUUCCAUUUACAGUGACGGAAUACUCCGAACAGUCUCUAAUGAUGGUCAGCCAAUCUUCACUACAGUUCUUCAAUUUAAUAAGAAGGAGGAAGAGUUCAUAUUCAACAAUGUACCUGAGAGACCAGUUCCUUCCUUGUUGAGAGGAUACAGUGCUCCCAUCCGUCUUGAUUCUGAUCUGACUGAGAGUGAUUUAUAUUUCUUACUUGCCAACGAUUCAGAUGAAUUUAACAGAUGGGAAGCUGGUCAAGUGUUGGCACGUAAAUUGAUGCUCAGUCUUGUGGCUGACUUCCAGCAACAGAAAACACUGGCUCUGAAUCCAAAAUUUGUUGAUGGACUUAGAGCAAUCCUGCGCAGCACAAGCUUGGAUAAAGAAUUCAUUGCAAAAGCAAUAACUCUGCCUGGUCAAGGGGAGAUUAUGGACAUGAUGGCAGUUGCAGACCCCGAUGCUGUUCAUGCUGUCCGCACCUUUAUUAAGAAGGAACUCGCCUCUCAACUCAAAGAUGAUCUUCUUGCAGCUGCUACAAGUAACAGAAGUUCUGAAGCUUAUGCAUUUAACCAUGAUAAUGUGGCUCGCCGUGCAUUGAAAAAUACAUGUCUCGCUUAUCUUACAUCCAUGAACGAGCCAGACGUCACUGAACUUGCAUUGAAGGAGUACAACUCUGCUACCAACAUGACCGACCAGUUUGCUGCCUUGGCAGCAUUGUCUCAAAAUCCAGGUCAAGUUCGUGAUGAUGCCCUUUUGGACUUCUAUAACAAGUGGAAGCAUGAUUAUUUGGUUGUGAGCAAGUGGUUUGCUCUUCAAGCUACCUUGGACAUCCCUGGAAAUGUAGCUAAUGUUCGAAAGUUGUUGUCCCAUCCUGCUUUUGACAUGAGGAAUCCCAACAAGGUAUACUCUUUAAUUGGAGGAUUUUGUGGGUCACCUGUGAGUUUCCAUGCCAAGGAUGGUUCAGGUUACAAGUUCCUGGGUGAAGUUGUCUUACAGCUCGACAAGAUAAAUCCUCAGGUGGCAUCUCGCAUGGUGUCAGCGUUCUCUCGGUGGAGGCGGUACGAUGAGACCAGACAAGCUCUUGCUAAGGCCCAGCUGGAGAUGAUCAUCUCGGCCAAUGGACUCUCUGAGAACGUCUAUGAGAUAGCUUCAAAAAGUCUGGCGGCUUAGUUCCCCUAUGCAAAUGGUUCCAUGCAUUCGAGACUAGUGUGUGAGUGGGUUGUGCACCCUUUGCCAUAUCCAGGGUAUAUUGCAGGUGUGCUUGGUUGAACACAUCAAGUGUAUUUGGCAUAAGUCUGAGAAAUGACAGGCCACUAGAGUUGGCAAAAAAUAAUAAUUCUGGUUAUAUAUGAUUCAAAUGUGGUUUGUGGAUGUUAAAUUCUGGCUGACGCUACUAGUAAUAACUGCAUGUGGCAGUGUGGCCGGAGCAGCUGGUUGUAUUGCGUGAGAUUAUAUGGGUGAAGGGAUGAAGGUUCAGUUA